ACGAAUACAAUAAUGUCACGUCUAAUCGCAGAUUGUCUUAUAAUUAUUUUUAAUGAUUUGAGAGAGAAAGCAUCAUCUCUAUAUUCAUGUAUUUUGGUAAAUAGAUACUGGUGUCGUACAGCUAUGCCAAUAUUAUGGAAAGUUCCUUUCGAAUUUGAUAUUGGUAACUGGGAUUCACUUUCUAAUCGUAAACUUUAUAACUUAAUAUUUUAUUUAUUACCAACAUUUUCAAAAAAACUUUUAUUGGAUAAUAAUAUUGAAUUACCUACUAUACAAGAAUUUUCAAACCAACCAUUGUUCAACUAUAUUAGCUUUUCAUCACAAGUUCCACCAAAUUUCAUUAAUAAUAUGAUAAAUAACUUAAUUAAAAAAGAAGAUGGAUUUAAUAAAUAUAAAGAAACAGGCAAAAAAUAUCUGUUGGAACAAGAAAUUUAUAAAUUAUUUAUAAAUAAUUGUAAGGACAUAAAAUAUUUUAAUUGGCAAACAACACAACCUUUGUCUCAAUUUCAUGGAGCACCAACCUGUUUUUCUCAACUUCGUUCCUUAAUAAUGGAUCUUGAUUUUGUUACUUCAAGAGAAUUAUUUGCAAUGUCGCAAAUUUGUCAAAAUAUUGAAGAAUUAUCCAUAUUUGAAUGCUAUGACGAUAUUCCAGGAUUAAUUUGGUUCAUUGAUACCCAAAAAAUUUUACGAUCAUUAUAUUUACAUUUUAAAAGUUUUGAAAAACAAUGUUUAGGAUUAAGCGAAGUAAUUGAAAGAAAAGCUAGUACAUUAAGAAAAUUUUCUAUAGAACCAUGGAUCAUUUCACUCUCACCUAAAUUUCUUCCAUCGUUAAUAAAUUUACAACAUUUGGAACUUAAAAAUUUUAGUGCAUUUAAUGUGAUGGAUAUAUUUAGGGAAAGUGAAUGGGAAGUAUCUUUAUCUCUUGCAUCUUUUCCGAAUCUUCAAUAUCUUGAAACCGUAUUUUUACCAUUCUCCAUAGAAUGUGAUUUGAUUGAGAAAUCAAAUGGAAACAUUUUAGACAUUGAUAUAUGCCGAAUGUGUAAUCAAGAUCCUAAUUAUACUAAAAAAUUAAUUAAAGCAAUUUCUACAAAUUGUCCAAAUAUUGAGAGAUUAAUCAUUGAAGUUGAACUUGAAGAUUUACAUGGAAUAAAAGAAAUUUUAAUAAAUUGUUCGCGGUUAAUAAAGUUGAAUUUAUCAAUAAAUAAUGAGGAUGAACUCGAAUGUGAUGAAAUAUUAAAAAUUAUAGUUAAAUUUUCCCCAGAAACUUUACACGAAAUCACUUUUUGUGCAAAUUUUAUUUUUACUCUUGAUGGUCUGAUAGAUUUUUUUGAGAAUUGGAAAGGUAGAAAACCGCUCAUUUUUUAUAACUUAUGAGGAAAAAUAUUUUACAGAUGAUUUUAAAAUGAUCAUAAAAAAAUAUUUUGAUGAAGGAGUGAUUAAAAAAACAAAGUUUCUUUUAA